CCUGCGGGCGCGGGGCGCUUCCGGGAGGGUGGCCGGCCCGUGCCGGGCCGGGGCGGGAUACCCUCCUCCUGCCCCGAGAGCUCCAGGGGAGCUGCGGGAGGCGCGCCGGCCCUCGGGUACAGGCAACACCUGAGCGGGGAUCCGAGUCGCUCGGCGCUGCCGCGACCUGAUCCCAGAGCGCUGCGGGAGGGGCGCGCGGAGCGCUCGGCUCUGCUCCGGCGGCUUCACUUCUCCGGCCGCUGGCCACUGGGGCGAGAGGGGUGAAGCGGUGCAGACGGCUGCUGCUCAAGAUGAGGAGGGGAGCGGGGCUCGGGCGGAGCGGCCUCGUCCCGUGGGUCUGAGCGUCCACCCCCGCCGCCGGGACUCCGGCCCCCCUGGGCUUCGGCUAUGAGCGCUCGGUGACCGGCGGCGCCGCGAGUCGUAGACCCGGGACUUCGGGAGGCAAUGCUGGCUCGGCUUUGAGUGGCUUCGGGACAGUGAAGAGACCCUAAAAUGGAGGACUUUUCCAACAGGACCUACGGCACCAGUGGCCUCGACAACAGACCACUGUUCGGAGAGACGUCGGCCAAGGAUAGAAUCAUCAAUUUAGUUGUUGGCAGCUUAACAUCCUUGUUGAUUCUAGUAACGCUGAUCAGUGCUUUUGUUUUCCCUCAACUACCUCCAAAACCGCUGAAUAUAUUUUUUGCUGUCUGCAUCUCUUUGAGUAGUAUUACUGCCUGCAUACUUAUCUACUGGUAUCGACAAGGAGACUUAGAACCGAAAUUUAGAAACCUAAUUUACUAUAUCUUAUUUUCUAUCAUCAUGUUAUGUAUAUGUGCGAAUUUGUACUUCCAUGAUGUGGGAAAGUGAGUCUGCCAAGGAGAAAUACUUACCAGGUCUCUUCAUCAAAGCUAUAUAUUUGGACUUGAAUAAGAACUGGAUAAGGUAUGCUGAACAAUCUCCUGCAUAAGUCUGAUACAUGAUUUUCAUGUUAAUUGUAAAUCUAAAUUCCCUCUUGCAGGGGAGACAUAUCCUAGAUCACUUUGCUUUUUCUUUAAGGAGCUGAUGUUGCACUUAAACAUUCCCCCUUAAAGCUCAAACAGCACAAGUCAUUUUCACUUUUGAAAUUAAAAUUUUUUAUAAUGGAAUUGCAUGGCGAAAGGCUAUGUAACAAACAAUCUUGCAUUUUAAGACAAAUACUCUUUUAUUUCUGUUAAACUGAAUAUACAAUUAUUGUUCCCUAGGCAACCAACUUUUGCUUAUAACUACAAUUUCACGUUAACAAAAAACACAGACGGUGAAAAGACAACUUUGAUUGUGUAGAUCUAAUUACAAUAAUAAAUAAAAUAAUUUAUACAA